ACGGAGAGCGCGCAGGAGGGGUGAGGGAGCGCUGAAGUAGAAAAGUGCCGCACGCCCAGUUCACUCGAUCGGGUGAAACCGGUUGGUAUAUAACAACGGCGAAGUAACACGGCGGUUAAUCAAAUGUCUGGUUAACGUUGGCUGCUAUUCCGUAAUUCUCAUUAACCGCCGUCGGUGAAGUUUUCCGUGAAGUUUUGCCAAGGCCGGCGUCGGGACCGCGUCCUCAGGACAGACACACUGACUGACUCACAGAGACAGAGAAGAUGGUGUCGUGGAUGAUUUCCAGAGCCGUUGUGCUUCUAUUUGGGACAUUGUACCCUGCAUACUACUCCUAUAAAGCUGUUAAAACCAAAAAUGUAAAGGAAUAUGUCCGUUGGAUGAUGUACUGGAUAGUGUUUGCGCUCUACACAGUAGUGGAAACGGUCAUGGAUCUCACGGUAUCAUGGUUUCCCCUCUAUUAUGAAAUAAAGAUUGCCUUUGUGAUUUGGCUGCUGUCUCCGUACACUCGUGGGGCCAGUCUGAUCUAUAGAAAAUGCCUGCACCCUCUCCUGUCUUCAAAGGAAAGGGAAAUCGACGACUACAUUGUGCAAGCCAAAGACAGGAGUUACCAGACCAUGGUGAACUUCGGCAGGCAAGGCCUAAGUAUAGCUGCUACCGCAGCUGUCUCUGCAGCUGUUAAGGGCCAAGGGGCCAUCACAGAACGACUGAGGAGCUUCAGCAUGCAGGACCUGACGCAAAUUCCCAGCAGCGCAAAUGACGGCCAGCUGUACCCAGGCUUUUCCAACCCUGGCAGGAGUGCCAGAAAUCCAAACAGCCGGGAUGACGAUUACUACUCUUAUGAGCAGGAGGACAAGACUGAUGAAGAGGUUGAUGGCACUUUCUCGGAGGAUGAGGCUGUCACGCAACGUGGCAUAAGGAGAUCCCAGAGUGUGAAAGUCUCGAGAUCAAAAGUGCGCAGAGAUGCCCGCUAUGGAUCUCUCAGGAUUAAAGGGAAACGAAGACCAGCGUUGAACUCUGUGAAUUACGGGCCCUAAAAUUUCCAAAAAUGUGGAACUACUGAUUUUAAUAUGUAUAUCAGUGGAAGGAGAUUGGUUGUAAUUAUUGUUAUAAAAUUUCAGAUGGUUUUGAAGCUUCCUUUUUAAGAAACUCAAAGCAUUUUGGCUUCAAUUAAAUACUAGUAACUUUUUUUAAAAAAUAAUUUAUUAUGAAAGUUUGUGCACAAGCAAAUGCAUUUUUUUAAGUUUAUGGUUUUUUUUUUUUUUUUUUCUUGUUUUUAGUAUAUGGUGUGGGUCAAUUCUGUAUGCCUGACUUGAAGUAUUCAUACGUGUAUCAUUUUUGAACAAUGUUACCUUCUUCUGCUGGAUGGAUUUGAGGUUUGUCAUGUUUUACCCUAUGGAUUUGGUAAUGUGUUAUGGGUUUAUUUAACUGAUUCUCCUGUCUUUUUUUGAUGGAAAAAUAUUUAAAAAAAAAAAAAA